UUAAGCUGACGGACGAUGUCCGCAAAGCCAUUGAUGAUCGUAAGUAAUCGAUACGGUCUUACCAAUGAGGAUCUUAAUAGGCGGUGGAGUAAUCCUAAUCAAGUUCUUCAUCCUGUAAUAUAUCACACGAAAGGAUUAAUGGAAUAUUGUACUAGAGUGUUGCAAAGGCCACCUCAUGUGUUUGUAGACUAUCAUGGACAUUCACGACGAAAAAAUGUUUUCCUAUUUGGUUGUUCAACAUCAGGAUCUUGGAGUGCAGCGGAUAAGAGCAAGCUGGACAAACCACUAAUGUAUUUGAUGCUUCCACACUUGAUGCAAAAGUUUUCUCCGGCAUUCGCGUUGCCUCUUUGUUCGUUUAAAGUUGAACGAAAUAAAGAAUCUACAGCCAGGGUUGCAAUAUGGCGUCAGUUGGGCGUUUGGAGAUGCGGGAGAUGCGGGCGCGCGAUACCAGACCGGUGGGAGACCCUUUCUUCGGGCGCAGAGUGGUGACGACAAAGACACCAACAACGAUGGAGUCAUCAAUAACGACGUGUUACCGCCAGGGCAUAAGUUCACCGUACAAUCCGAAACGACGCGUCGCAUA